AUGACUUCUCCUAGAUCUAUUCGGGGAAAGAACUCAAUUACCUCAAUGGGUUCUAAAAAAUCACUGAACACAUACCUGGCGAGCUCUUUAAUGAGUCAUGACAGUAUUUUUGAUGGUCCUGGUGUAGGAACAAGUGUCCCAUCUAGUAUUUCUAGUUUCCAUCACAAAACACAGCGACGUUCGUCCGAUGCUAGUGUAAGUCAAUUUAGCAUGGACUAUUUGCAGUCUGAAUACAACUUGAGUCGAUAUAAUGACACAGAUUCUAUCGCAGCAGCUAGCAGCGUAGAUUACCCCAAUAUCUAUCGUGAUAAUGGUUCUGCAGUUUACAGUGAUGAAGAAGAGAUCACAGAGAUGAUGCUGGAAGAACUUAACUUUCACCCAAUCUUGCGACGAGAAUCUCCCGGAGAAGCCGCUGGACUAAGUGAAGAUGGCUGUUGCCAAAUUAUGUAUUUGAUAGAAGAAGACCUCGAGGUUGGAAUUGCUGGUUACAGGACCAACAAAUUCCAUGCUAGGAUAUACAAUAUGUUAUGUAUCUUAACCUUUGGUCUUGUUUAUUUAGUAAUGAGAUGGCUUCCUAGGCAUUACAUUCGGUUUAUUGGUAAACGUGAACCCCUUGCUACUGCUGAAUGGCUAACUAUCGAAACUCAGUGGAGUGAGAUUUCGAAAUAUGACAUUCAGGUUCAGCCUUAUGAAAAUUCUCUUUCAUCUAUUUUUGGUGCCUCUAUUCGUGUAGCUACGCCGGAAGGUACCGAUAAUGAUCCUUUUGUUGAAAACUUUCGUUAUGUAAACUAUCGCUACAUGAAGUUUAUUUUCCAUCCUAUAUUAGAAAGAUUCCUUAUUCAACAGGAUUGGAAGGAUCCCCGGUGGAUCCGUGAUACGAACGUUGUUAAAGAAGGUUUGGAACGUGAUGCUAUCAAUGAUCGCACGAAAAUAUUCGGUCAAAAUAUUAUUGAUUUAGAAACUAAAGGUGUUAUUCAGCUUUUGCUGGAUGAGGUUUUGCAUCCAUUCUAUAUUUUUCAAGUUUUCUCCAUCAUCCUUUGGUCUUUAGAUGCUUAUUAUUACUAUGCUAUUUGCAUUUUCACUAUUUCAGUAGUAUCUAUCAUUGGAAGCUUAAUCGAAACUCGAACGACUUUGAAGCGUAUGCGAGAAAUGUCUAGGUUUACUUGUCCCGUCCGUGUCUAUCGCGAUGGCUUUUGGGCUAGCAUUCCAUCAACUGACUUGGUUGUUGGCGACGUCUUUGAAAUCUCGGAUCCAGAACUAACGGUGUUUCCAGCUGAUGCACUUUUGCUUUCAGGUGACUGCAUCGUUAAUGAAAGUAUGCUAACUGGUGAAUCCAUACCCGUUUCAAAAAUUCCUGCUACCGAUCAAGGAAUGAAAGAUCUUUUCGCAUUUUCUAGAAUUAUACCUCCUUCACUCUCAAAACACUUCCUUUUUGGAGGAACAAAAAUAAUUCAAGUGCGCAAACCAUUUGUAAAUGAGAAAGAAGAAGGCGCUUCUCUCGCUAUGGUUGUUCGUACUGGUUUCAACACCACGAAAGGUGCUUUAGUGCGAUCCAUGAUUUUCCCAAAACCAACGAACUUCGGCUUUUAUCGCGAUUCUUUUCGAUUUAUCACUGCUAUGUUCAUUAUCGCUCUUGUUGGAUUUGUCUUUAGCUCUAUCAAUUUAUUGACCAUAGGUGUUCCUGCUAGAACUAUAAUUGUUCGUGCGUUGGAUCUUAUCACCAUUGUAGUUCCUCCUGCCUUACCUGCAACUCUUACCAUUGGUACCACGUUUGCAAUCUCGAGGUUAAGAAGGCAGGGAAUUUUCUGCAUUAGUCCUCAGCGCGUAAAUGUAAGCGGAAAGCUUGAUCUCAUUACUUUUGAUAAGACUGGAACCCUUACAGAAGAUGGACUUGAUAUUAUGGGUGUUUCCGUUAUUGAGGAUUCUAAAUUAACUGAUUUGCGAAUUAAUCCUAGUACAUUAUGUUCGAAAGAUUUGCUUUCUAAUGAUAGCCCUUCUAAUUUAUUGUUUACGAUGGCUACUUGCCAUAUGCUUCGUCGUGUGGAAGGCGAACUACUAGGAGAUCCGUUAGAUUUGAAAAUGUUUGAGUUUACGGAUUGGACAUAUUCUGAAGAUAAUUUCACAAACAAGCUGGCUUCUUCUGAACAAUCUGAAGAUGCCGCUUAUAUGAGAACUCAGCAACUAAUACCACCUACCGUGUCACCUCCGUGGAAUGAUCCCUCAAUUAAUUAUUCCGAAAGCGAUUUAGAACUCGGUAUAAUCCGAACUUUCGAAUUUGUUUCUCAGCUUCGCCGUAUGGCUGUAAUAGUGAAACAUGGACAAUGUAAAAAAAUGGACAUUUAUGUAAAAGGUGCCCCUGAAGUUAUGCCUUCUAUAUGCAAACCUGAGUCGUUUCCUGGAAAUUACCAAGAUGUAUUAGAUUACUAUACUCAUAAUGGUUUUCGGGUUAUAGCUUGCGCAUCCAAACAUUUGGAGAAUUGUACAUGGGCGAAAGCACAAAGGAUGAAACGGACACAAGUUGAAUCUGAUUUGGACUUUUGCGGAUUUAUUGUUUUUGAGAACAAACUGAAAUCUACCACUGUUCCGGUUAUCAAUGAAUUAGAAGAUUCAAAUAUCAGAACAGUGAUGUGUACCGGCGAUAAUGUACUGACCUCUAUAUGUGUUGGUAAACGGUGUGGUAUGCUUCCAGAAGAUGGUUUGGUCUUUGUACCGCGAUUUGAGGAAGAAGAGUUAAUCGGAGAUACUGCCUCUCGUAAACUCAUAUGGCAGUCAAUUGAGGAUAACGAUGUUUACUUGGAUCCUCAAACUCUUCAUCCUGUGGUUGAUUCAGCAAGUCGUAAUUUAUUAUCAAGUGAGUUUAAACGAUUUAAGUCUUAUCACAUGGCUAUAACGGGUGAUGUAUUUCGCUGGUUAGUUGAUUAUGCUCCCGCAGAGCUUUUCAACGUCAUAUUACUUAAAACACAAAUUUAUGCUAGAAUGUCUCCUUCUGAAAAGAAUGAGUUGGUCUCAUGCUUUCAAAAAGUAGAUUACUGUGUUGGUUUUUGCGGUGAUGGUGCCAAUGACUGUGGUGCCCUAAAGGCUGCUGACGUUGGUAUUUCACUGUCUGAAGCUGAAGCUUCUGUGGCUGCUCCUUUUACCAGCCGAUGGUUUGAAAUUUCUUGUGUACUCGAUGUCAUUAAAGAUGGUCGUGCCGCUUUGGUGACAAGUUUUGGCUGUUUCCAAUAUAUGGCUUUAUAUUCUGCUAUCCAAUUUUUUACUGUCAGUAUGUUGUAUACAACAAAUUCUAAUUUAGGUGACUUUCAAUUCUUAUUCAUUGACUUGGCGAUAAUUUUACCAAUUGCCUUAUUUAUGGGACGAUCUAAGCCUUAUCAUAGACUCGCUCGGAAACGUCCUACAGCGAAUUUGGUUUCAAAGCGGAUUUUGUCACCCUUAAUUGGGCAAAUCUUUUUCAUCUGCACAUUUCAGUAUAUAAUUCUUAGACUUGUUCGCCAACAGCCUUGGUACAUACCGCCUCCUGCCGCUGGAUCUGAAAAAUCAAGCAUUGCUAAUAGCGAUGUAACGAGUUUGUUUAUAUUUUCUUGUUUCCAGUAUAUAUUGAUAGGGCUUGUAUUGACUGUUGGGCCUCCAUAUAGACAAAGAAUGUGGAGGAAUGUGUCUUUUACUGUCUCAAUUUGUGGCUUAUUGGGAAUUGCGGUAUACUUAACCAAGCUGCAUGAUGAAAACAAUUAUUUUAUGAAACUUUUUUAUCUGACGCCUAUGUCGGACGGUUUUCAGAAUCUUAUUAUACUAUGUGCGAUAAUUUAUUAUGUUUGUGCUGCUAGUGGCCAGCAGUAUAUUUUUAGAGGUUUGAUAAAUACUAUUUCAAGGCUUUACCGACGAAUGCAGAACAAAAGAAAAGUGUCAAAAAAGCUUUACAAACGCCUUUCUGCCAAAUUGCAUAAUGAGCAAGUAUAG